CUCACCCCCGCCGAGGACGCAGCAGUGGCCGGGAGCUUGAUGGUGUAGAUGAGACGGAGUCCACGUGUUCCUGCUUCCGUUUUGUUUUUCUUCUUCUGCGGACAAUUAUCAAAGGUGGCAAAACAGCAAAUAGUUCGUUAGUUCCAGGAUCCUCCCCGAAGGAACCAUGGAUUACUCCGGUGGACAAACUCUGAUUAAAGUAUUUCUGUACAUACUAAUGGUUUCCAGUGCCAGUCACACCCUGUUGGACCGAACCCCUGAGACCUUCCCCGCAGAUUCACAUGAAGAUAGUGAAUACACGUACUGUGAUUAUGAGUCGCCUUGCUCCUGGUCCUUGUCCAAUCACAGUGGCAGCAGCGACUGGCAGGCCGUCUCACCUCAGCAGAAUCACCUGGGACGACGCGGUUUACAGCCGGUCACAGAUCACUCUGUCGGCAAUGCUGAUGGCCACUUCCUGGUUCUGGGGCCCAGCUCGUCAGCCGUGACCUCUGGGAACUGCGAGUUCCAUGUCACCAGUCCGGUGCUGAUGGGCAGUGGGCCCCUGUGCCACCUACGGGUUGCCCGCUUCUACCCACCUCCCUCCGAGGGCAACCUGUCGGUGCUUAUAAGACGAGCCGACUCCUCCGCGAUCCUCAAAGCACUCGCCCUCAGCACCACGGGCCACGGAAGCAGCAGAGCCUAUUGGGAGGAGCUGGAGGCUGCCAUCGGGCUGGUUGACGAGCCCUUUCAGGUGACGCUGCUUUACUCUGGGUGUCUAAAGGACGAUGGGGCGCUGCUGGCCAUAGACUCUUUGGAACUGCCAGGCUGUGAAGAUGACCAUGGCCUAGACAGUGACUGUGACGAGUCUACGACCUUACACUGUAACUUUGGAGGCUGUAUAGACAAAAGCCGGGUGUGUGACUUCCAUACAGACUGCCCAUUGGGGGAGGAUGAGGGCUUCGUAUGUGACUCCUUGCCUUUAGGGGCUCACUGCUCGUUCGAGUCGGGCCCGUGCGGUUGGUCAGUGUCCGAUCGUCCGUCCUCCUGGGCGCUGACCAGCGGGGAGGAGCUGGGGAACCGCAGAGGCCUCCUGGGCACCACGCUGCAGCUCACUCAAGGUCACUUCCUGUAUUUGAGGGUCAGGAGCAGUCGCCUAUCUGGAGAGGCUGUGAUGCAGAGCCUGACUCUUCCUCAGACCGUGUCUGCAAGAGACUGUCAGUUGCGUUUCUCUGUGUAUCUCUACGGGGAUUUCAAUGGCACUGUGAUGAUCUCGCUGGAGUCCAACGGCACCACGAUGUCCCUUCUGGUGUUCGAGAGGUUAGGGCUUUGGAAGGACAACUGGCAAGAGGUCACUCUGCCCAUUUCCCGCAUCCUCAAUGGGUUCCACAUCAAAGUGCGAGCGCUGUGGGGGCCUGCCUCUUAUGCUGACAUCGCCUUGGAUGACAUCACCCUGGGAGCAGCAUGUUUUAAAUCAGAUCUAAGCUCGAUGCUCUUGCAUAGCAAUGGGUUUCUGCACGGAUUGGACUCGCUGAGUGAUAUGGACUACUUCAGCCCUCUUCCUCAGCCUUCUUCAUCAGAGGUGUCUCUGAUGACCUGGUGGUUCACCUCCUGCGGGGCCAGUGGCCCUCGAGGCCCCACGCAGGCCCAGUGCGACAACGCCUACCGCAACACCAACGUCAGCGUGACCAUCAUCAAGGAGGGCCCCCUCAAGGGCGUGCAGAAGUGGCGUGUGCCCGCCACCGACAGAUACAAGAUAUCCGCGUACGGUGCAGCAGGAGGCAAAGGGGCCAAGAACCACAACAAGCGCUCCCACGGAGUCAUCAUCAUCGCCAUCUUUCCCCUGGAGAAAGGGGACAUGCUGUACAUCCUGGUGGGGCACCAGGGAGAGGAUGCAUGCCCAGGGAGAAACCCUCUGACGGAGAAGAUGUGUCUGGGCGAGUCAUUUGUGAUCGAGGACAGCUUCGCCAAAGACGGGAAGGACUCGGAGUGGGGCGGAGGAGGAGGGGGUGGAGGUGGUGCCACAUACAUCUUUAAAAUGGUGAGCGGGGAGCUGGUGCCGCUGCUGAUCGCGGCGGGCGGGGGAGGCAAGGCCUACCUGGAGGACCCGGAGAGCGGCCAGGAGCAGCUGCCGCUGGAGCAGUACGAGAACCACACCUCCGCCCUGUGCCACAACGGCAGGACGGGCGCAGCGGGAGGUGGAGGUGGUUGGAGAGACAGCACCACACAGAUGUGGGCAGGGAAGUCGCUGGUGGAGGGUGCGGAGGGAGGCUCGUCCUGCCCCAAGGCCCUGUCCAGGCUGAGCUGGGACACUUUCGGAGGGUUUGGCGGCGGAGGAGGGGCCUGCACUGCUGGUGGAGGUGGAGGUGGAUACAGAGGUGGGGAUUCGGCACUUUUCGAUGACAUCACAGCUGAUGGGCAAGAUGGUGUCUCUUUUGUUCACCACUCUGGAGAGAUAUUUCUGCAGCCAUUGGCAGCCAUGGAGAGUCACGGGGAGGCAGAGAUUGAGGUGCACCUGAACUGCAGCCACUGCCAGACGCAGAGCUGCAAGCGAGACGACGACAACCAGCUCAUCCACUGCCUGUGCCACAACGAGGAGGUGCUGGCCCCAGACAACGUCUCCUGCAUAGUGCCCGUGCCGGAGGUCCACCUGCCGCUGUCGCUGAUCCUGGCCGUGGUGGCAUCCACCGUGGUGACGGGCAUCGUGCUCACCUGUGCCAGCCUCACCUUCAUCUACUACCGGAAGAAGAACCACCUGCACGCGGUCAGGGUGCGACUCCAGACCCCGGAGUACAAGCUGAGCAAGAUCCGCUCGUCCACCAUCAUGACCGACUACAACCCCAACUACUGCUUCGCCGGCAAGGCCGCCUCGCUCAGCGACCUCAAGGAGGUGCCACGCAAGAACAUCUCCUUGCUGAGGGCUCUCGGUCAUGGUGCCUUUGGAGAGGUGUAUGAAGGCCAGGUCCUUGGCAUGAACGGGGAGAACUCCGCCAUGCAGGUGGCCAUCAAGACUCUUCCAGAAAUUUGCUCUGAACAAGAUGAGAUGGAUUUCCUGAUGGAAGCCCUGAUAAUGAGUAAGUUCAGCCAUCAGAACAUAGUGCGCUGCAUCGGUGUGAGCCUGCAGAUUCUGCCCCGCUUCAUCCUGCUGGAGCUCAUGACUGGAGGAGACAUGAAGAGCUUUCUCAGACAGAACCGACCCAAAGCAAACCAGACCUCCUCCCUGAUCAUGCUUGAGCUUUUACAAAUGGCCCGAGACAUCGCCCUUGGCUGCCGCUAUCUGGAGGAGAACCACUUCAUCCACAGAGAUAUUGCUGCUCGUAACUGUCUCCUGACAUGUACGGGUCAGGAGAGAGUGGCCAAGAUCGGGGACUUUGGAAUGGCCCGUGAUAUAUACCGGGCAAGCUACUAUCGCAAAGGUGGCCGUGCCAUGCUGCCGGUAAAGUGGAUGCCACCUGAAGCUUUUCUGGAGGGCAUUUUCACCUGUAAAACAGACACAUGGUCUUUUGGGGUACUGCUGUGGGAAAUUUUCUCUCUGGGCUACAUGCCUUACCCGUGCAAAACCAACCAGGAAGUACUGGAGUUUGUCACCAGCGGUGGCAGGAUGGACCCACCUAAGAGCUGUCCAGGGCCCGUCUACCGGAUCAUGACCCAGUGUUGGCAGCACUGCCCUGAACACCGGCCAAACUUCUCCGCCAUCUUGGAGAGGGUCAACUAUUGCACUCAGGACCCCGAUGUUAUCAACACACCUCUACCAGUCGAGUACGGGCCGACCAUGGAGGACGACGGAGGUACCGUGAUGCGUCCGGAGGGUUCCGGAAGCAUGAGCCCUCUGCUGGUGUCCCACUCCCUGUCCCAAGAUGCCUCUCUGCCUCCGGCAAGUGUCAGUCCGCUCCCACAGGCCCACAAGCCCCGGCUCCUGCUCCAGAGGCCCCAGCCCCUGCCCCAGGAGGCUGCCGCAUCGUACCGGGACGCCCUGGAGCCGUCCUGGGCCGAGCCGGUGCCGCCCGUGGCCAUCUGCCCCGGCUCCUGGCUCCAGGUCCCGGUCACCGCCGCCGCCGCCGCCGCCUCCACCGAGUUCCCCCACCACCGGCCCUGCUCGCGGAGCAGCUCCUCGUCGGGCAGCCAGAAGAUGAAGAACAAGACCAAGAACCUGUGGAACCCCACCUACGGCUCCUGGGUGCUGGAGAGCAUCGGCCGGGCCAAGACGGCGCUGUCGCACACGCAGUCCGUGCCGCUGUCCUGCUCCGCCGCCGCCGCCUGCUCCGUCCCGACCGUCGCGUCCUUGACUACCUCAGAGCGGAACGAUCCGGAAGCGGCUAGCGGGGGCGGCGGCGGUGGUUGCCAAGCGUCCGGGGGGCUGGUGUCUGCCGCAGCAGUGUUGCCCGCCUCUUGCCAGACCUCGGCGGGCCCUCAGGGGCUGAACUCAGGCCUGUCCUCGCGGAAGAGCCCGCUGGGAGGUGCGGCCGGCGGGGGAGGAGGAGGUGGAGCGUCCGGGGGGCCGCCAGCCAGCGCCAUGGACCUGGCCAAGCUCCAGACCUUCCCCUGCGGGAACGUCAACUACGCCUACGACGAGCACAGCUACGAGGCCGAGAGCCUGCCUCUGGUGGUGCCCAAGGCCGUAGAGCCCAGCGGGGCGGCGGCGGCGGCCGCGGCCGCUGUCCACAGCUCCUCGCCGGGCCUCUCCCUGGCAGGCCUGGCCCUGGCGCUGCCCUCCACCUCUGGACACAAGCCCCUGGUGAAGCGGCACGCCAGCUACGGGCACGAGGACAUCAAGCGGCACGCCAAGGCCGAGAAGCCCACCCGGGACAGGGACUCGGGCUUCUCCCUGUCCGAGGACCUGAGCGUCACGCCCGUCUAGCAGGGGCUCCUCAGGUGUCCGCACACAAGCCCCCGCCCCGCCAUCACUGGAGGGAUAACGUCACGACGCAAGCACUGGAAUUACGUUUUACACACUGGAACACGCCAAUACACUGGAGUAGACUCUUCCGUGUGCCAUAGUUGGCCUGCUGAAGAAAUCACAUGCUUGUCAUUUUUAAAAAAAAAAUCUAUAGAUAAAUAUAUAUAUUCGAAAUGAAGAAGCCUUUUUGUACACAUAGUAAUGUUUCUUAUGUAGCCUUGGUACUAACGAAAAUCGUCAUAGGUACACCCAGGAGCUUCUAAAUAUGUACUCACCUUUGAAGACCCAGGGAACGGACAGACUGACGAUGCUGUAACAGACUGAAACAAACACUAGAUUCUAAACAGAUAAUAUAAGGAAAAUCUAAGAGUUUAGAGUUAAAAUAGGAGGUCAGAGAUGUUUUUUAUUUGAGGAUGUUGAGGAGUCUCAUGAUCAAUACUGUGAAAAACACUUGCUAAGGUUCAACCAGCUAUGCACUCUAGGUCUGGUUUCAUCAAUCCAGCUCCGCACUCCAGGAAUGACAGCUGUGUAGCACUCUGGAUUCUACUGAUAACAGUUGAUUUGUACUUCUGAGGAUCCUAUACUCGCGUGAUCGUCUAAUAGUACUUUUAGGCUUUGGAUUUAACGGUAGAAUGUUUUAGGGAGUUGGUCCAAUAUUAUGCGUCUGAAAAAAAACAAUGUUCAAAAUACAGGUAUAUACUUAUAUUUUAGAAUCUAUUUGUGUCUGUGUGGAAAGGUUUUAGUAGAGCAACUGAGGAUUAAUGGCUGCUUAGAUUUUACACAGAGAAUGAAUUAUUUUUAUGCACUAAUAAUGUACAUACAAAUUGCUAACCCCUCAUUCUUAUUAGUUGCUCUGGAGACAUUUCCCAUUGCUCCUGCAGUACAUGUGUCACUAUCCACCAUUAUACUUUAGCCUGCUAGUAAACCAGACCCUGGAAUCUUUCAGAUUAAGGGUCUGGCCACGAAUAAUGAAAAUGGGGCAACGCCAAGCAAAGCAUUUGAAAAUCUCACUUCACGCAAUUGGAUAACACUACGACCAACGUUUACUCUGACUGAUGCUUGACUUCGACGCAAUUGGAUAACACUACGACCAAAAACGAAAGUUUUAGCGCUGUCGUCAUCAGUUUAGCUCGCCAACUCCUUUUUUGGUUACCACAGAUUACUAAGGUACAAGUAACGUGCAUCAUUGCUCAUUGCCAGAGUAUCUAGAGGACACAAUUCAAAUUAUGCUCUCGCGAGAACUCUGGAUUUCCAGGGUAAUUAUACUUAGGGGGAAGGGGCGCGCUGAUUAUAUUAUGCCAUCUUUAAGUACAGGUUAAGUCCUACAGUACAGUAGGUUGAAUGGCCCAAGAGGGGUCACAUCAAACAGGAGAAAUGUGGCCCAAUGUAAAAUACCAUAGCAGCUACAGUAUGCCUUGAUAGUGGGCUAUUAGCUUUACCUCUGCUGUUCUGAAUGAAAACGUUCAGAAUGAAUAGCAAACAGUGUGGGUGGUAUGUCAAUACAUUCAGCCCCAUCCCUGGCUUCAUAGAGGGUCAUAAGUGUUAUGGUUGGUGAGGGUUGCCAGGUAGUGUGUCCCCAUGUGCCUCCAGUAUACACAGAGAUUAACACACAGCAUUUACACUUAGCAUUAACACUCAGCAUUAACACUCAAUGUCGGCCCAGUAUUUUUGUGUCAUUUUGUGUCAUUGUCAUUGUGACAUACUGGCACUGGAUGGCAGCAUUGUUCUCGAGUGCAUCAUUAGGUGCUGUUUCUCAGGCAACAAGUAGGAUGAUAUGUACAACAUGGCACAUAAUGUAUACUAACAUGUAUGAUUAACGUUUGUUUUUUUUUUCAUAUUAGCCCACAGUUAGCCCACUUGGCCCUUAUUUACUUUAAACCCUCUCAUUUAUUUUGCAGUAGUGUACAUAGUUUACUUUUUUUUGCCCUACCGUUGAUUUUGCUAAAUUUCUUCAUCUAUGGGGUUAAUACACGGGGGCAGUUAAUAUGGUAUUAAUAUGGUUUUGUUUCUUUUAACUUGCAUAAGACACUGUCCUGCGGCUUAUACACAAUGUGACUAAUACACAGGCAAUUACUGUAUUCUUUUUGCUAAUUUGUUCAGUAUGUUUUGUUUUAGGUGCUGUGUUUUUGUUUUCAUCUGUAUAGAUCUAACACAACCACCAAGUUAUUGUAUGCACUUAAACAAGCCAUAAGGCUGUCUGCAAUUUUUCUGAAGAGCAAAUUCAAAUGGAAAGCCUUUUGACAACUACAAUGCAACAUCAACCUCUGUAGCUAUAAGGAUUUUUUUUUGGUCACUGGAUUUGCACAUCUGUCUGCAUACUUGGAACACUUCACAGACUUUUACUGGGAAAAGGACAUGUUUCAGUGUGAAUCACUGCUGUGCUGUACGUCAACAUCACCCUUCAGUUCUACCUUUCAGCUCUUAUAGUUUAUUUGACCAUACCACCAUUAGUAUAAACAUCCUUAGCUGUGCUCCAACUGAGUUGUGUUAUUAUUGUUAUUCUCUGGAUUCCUUCAACUGGACUAAGUAAUCUAUGUAGCUGUGCCAUGUUCAUCUCAUAUAUUUAUAUAUUAUAAAAAACCUUUAUGAGUAUAUUUUCUUUUGUUUCUUGUAGACGAUCACUGCCACUGGUCUGCAUGGACCUUGCUAUUGGGCCCUGCAGUACCUAUUUUUGAAUCAGGAGAUUGCGGUCUUCAUUGAAAAGCAGCACUCUGUGCUGAAGUGCUGUGGUUCAGUUGGAGACGUGUCCGUUGUGUUUCCUCUAUGUGUUUAUGUUUACGAGAGAAUAGCGUUAAGAACUACUUUAGCUCCCCUUUUGUGUUCCACAAAUGAGACACUGCUGUACAUGGUUCCUUAUUUUGAGGAUGACACUGUAUUCCCAUCAAAAUAAAUGUCUUU